UUAAAUAUGAAGCUCUGGUUUCUUCUGCUGCCCAUUGCUAUGAGCGCAGAGGAAAUACAAAGAGAGAGCAGUUGUGCCGAAAGGUAUGCUGGAAUACCCGGAAACCCUGGACACAAUGGCAUACCGGGAAGAGAUGGAAGAGAUGGAACAAAGGGGGGAAAAGGAGAUCCAGGAGAACCAGGACACCCAGGAAAACCAGGUGUAGAUGGUGUGGCUGGAGAUAGAGGAGAACCCGGUACUGAUGGCAGAGUUGAAGAGAAAGGAAAUAAAGGAACCAAAGGGGAGAGAGGCUGGCCAGGGAAAUUUGGACCAACAGGAAUGCCUGGACCCAUAGGGGACAAAGGUCAAAAGGGGGAGCUAGGACUUCAGGGGCGAAAGGGCUUAAAAGGUGACAUUGGCCCUAUUGGGCCCAAAGGAACCAAAGGGGAACUUGGAGCCCAAGGAGAAAUAGGUUUAAAGGGCCCCAUGGGGCCAAUGGGCUACAUUGGUCCAAAAGGAGAGGUUGGAGCCCUGGGACCAAAGGGCAGUAAAGGAAUUCAGGGUGAAAAAGGCGGGAAAGGUGACAGGGGAGAUAAGGGAAAUCGUGGUAGUAGCCCCAUCCUCCCUAGAAGUGCCUUCAGUGUAGGUCUCAUCACUAAAUUUCCUCCUUUAAAUAUUCCCAUCAAAUUUGACAAAGUGAUGUAUAAUAGCUUAAACCAUUACAACACGGACACUGGGGUAUUCACCUGUCAGAUUGCUGGCGUCUAUUAUUUCACCUAUCACAUCACUGUUCUUGUAAAGAAUGUUAGAGUAGCUCUGGUAAAAAAUGGGUACAGGAUGCUCCACACUUCGGAUAAGUACCAAGGUGCUGAAGAUCAGGCCUCAGGAGGAAUUGUCUUGGAACUGAAGGAAGGUGAUCAGAUAUGGUUGGAGAGCUUUGGAGGGGAGAUGUUUAAUGGCUUAUAUGCAGAUCCAGAUGAUGACACAGUCUUCUCUGGCUUCCUUCUAUUCAGCACAUCAGAUGUUGCAGCACCUACACCACUUUUCACCAUCUGAAUUGUAAUAGUUGUUUUUAAAGAAUGGUAUCAACUGCAUAUGGUUCUGCUCAAUUUUCAUAUCAAGAUUUAGCAUGAAAACAAAAUUCACAGAAGAUAUUUUUGCAAUCUCUGCCAUAUACUUUUUAAUGGAAGACAACAAUCUCACAUUUAUUGUAGGU